AUGUCCAUUCAACACGAUCUUGUUACCUCAACAAAGUGCCAACGGACCGCUAACAAACUUGUCCAUCGCACUCUUGGGUCAACAGAAGGAACUGUGCUAGAGACUCCUGUGGGUUUCUUUACAAGACCAGGCUCAGAGGCUGGCUACCAGAACAAUAAGGAGGGUCACGAAGCUUAUUAA